AUGGAUCAGAUAAUGGCCGCCACUAAAAUCAAGGACAUUGGCAUCUCGACAGCUAUCGGUGACAGGCAACAUCAAGAAGGUCGUUACAUCGUCUGCAAACCUGGGGCGCUCUCGCACACAGACUACGCCCUCUUUGCAGUCUGCGAUGGCCACGCUGGCGCCACGGCUUCGGACCACAUAUCGCAGCAUCUACCGCGUCACAUCGACAUCGGACUAAACGACGCGUCCUUCGACAAGAGCCCCGAAGAAGUUAUUCAGGAUGCCAUUCGAGCGGAAGACGAUGCACUCAGAGACCUGGGAUGUCUAAGCACUGGCUCGACACUAGCGCUUGCAUUAGUGGACACCAAAAAGAAUGUCCUCACCACAGCAGACCUGGGCGACUCACACAUUCUCCUUGGCCAAAUCGAACGUGACGGGACACACAAAACGAACAGAAUAUCUCGACUUUCCGAAGCCCAAAAGCCCCACGACCGAGAAGAACGGCAUCGAAUCCAGCGAGCAGGCGGCGUGAUAAACCACGGCACCGCUGUUGAUGCUCAUGACCGAUGGGGUGGGAGAGGCGCCUAA